AAUGUGUAUAUAUCUCCACCUCUCUCAAUGCAAUGGUUCCUACAUCGUAAUCAAAUAUCCAACAAGUUAGACGAUGAUCCCGCUGCAUGGCAUUUUAUACAACGUGUAUAGUAUAUCUUGCGUCUCUCAAUGCAAUGGUUCCGACUACGAUGGUCCCCUGCUGGCCGCUGCAUUGUGAGACGAAGAAGAAUAUAUAUACCGUUACUUGCUUUCAUUAUUGGGUCAGUCAACACGGCACAAUAUUGACCCGAAAAGUCUCCCCAACAUCAGUCUGAACUGGUUGACUCACUGACCAAGCUUCCCACGGCUACGAAUCCACAGAUCCCCCCCCCCCCCCCCCAAAAUAAAAAAAAAAGCGAAAAAAAAAAAGGAGAAUGUGCAGAUCCACCGUCGAACUCGUCAAGCACACCAUCUCCGGAUGAGAGACUUCUCUUCCUCUCUUUCUCUCACUACUAAUUAGUUCUGAAAUCUUGGGCUUCUUCCUCUCUCUCCUCUGCUCUGCAAUCAUGUCGAGCUUCUCUCGCCAAUUGAAGCUAUCGUCGUCUCUCAUUAAGCGCUUGCAGCAUCGGGCAACUGCUGCUGCUGCGGGUGAAAGAUCUUUCACCACCACCGAAGGACAUCGCCCCGCUAUCGUUCACAAGCAAGGUCUCGACAUUCUUCAUGAUCCUUGGUUCAACAAGGGAACAGCAUUCUCCAUGACAGAACGAGAUCGUCUUGAUCUUCGCGGUCUUCUGCCUCCGAAUGUUAUGUCUUCCGAACAACAAAUUGAACGCUUCAUGGUGGACCUGAAGAGGCUUGAAGUUAAUGCUAGGGAUGGCCCAUCCGACCCAAAUUCUUUAGCCAUGUGGCGUAUACUGAACAGAUUGCAUGAUAGAAAUGAGACUAUGUACUACAAGGUUUUAAUUGCCAAAAUUGCGGAAUAUGCACCUAUAGUCUAUACUCCUACUGUUGGUCUUGUCUGCCAAAACUAUAGUGGAUUGUUCAGAAGGCCCAGGGGGAUGUAUUUCAGUGCUGCUGAUCGUGGCGAAAUGAUGUCAAUGGUUUAUAAUUGGCCAGCUGAUCAGGUUGAUAUGAUUGUGGUAACAGACGGAAGCAGAAUAUUGGGUCUGGGUGACCUUGGAAUUCAGGGCAUUGGAAUAGCAAUUGGGAAGCUGGAUUUAUAUGUUGCUGCUGCUGGAAUGAACCCUCAGAGAGUACUUCCUGUCAUGAUUGAUGUGGGAACUAACAAUGAGAAGCUUCUCAAAGACCCAUUGUAUUUGGGAUUGCAAGAACACCGCCUUGAUGGAGAGGAGUAUGUUGAAGUUGUUGAUGAAUUCAUGGAGGCUGUGUUCACUCGUUGGCCAAAUGUGAUAGUGCAGUUUGAAGAUUUCCAAAGUAAGUGGGCAUUCACGUUAUUGCAGCGUUACCGAAAUAUCUACAGAAUGUUUAAUGAUGAUGUUCAGGGAACAGCAGGAGUUGCAAUUGCUGGUCUUUUAGGAGCUGUGAGAGCACAAGGAAAGCCACUAAUUGACUUCCCAAAGAUGAAGAUUGUGGUUGCUGGAGCUGGAAGUGCAGGAAUAGGGGUUCUUAAUGCUGCUAGGAAAACAAUGGCACGGAUGUUAGGAAAUAAUGAGUAUGCCUUUGAGAGUGCACGCAGUCAAUUUUGGGUAGUUGAUGCUAAGGGCCUUAUAACUGAGGAGCGUGAAAACAUUGAUCCAGAUGCCUUGCCAUUUGCAAGGAAGGUUAAAGAGAUUGGUCGUCAAGGACUAAAGGAAGGGGCAAGCCUUGAGGAAGUGGUGCGGCAGGUGAAACCUGAUGUACUUCUUGGGUUGUCAGCAGUUGGGGGUCUGUUCUCCAAAGAGGUGUUAGAAGCGCUUAAAUGUUCAACUUCGACUCGACCAGCAAUCUUCGCAAUGUCAAACCCCACAAAAAAUGCUGAAUGCACCCCUGAGGAAGCGUUCUCCGUCUUGGGUGAGAACAUAAUAUUUGCAAGUGGAAGCCCAUUUAACGACGUCGAUCUCGGAAAUGGUCAUAUUGGUCAUUGCAACCAGGGAAACAACAUGUACCUCUUUCCUGGGAUUGGACUUGGUACCCUGCUCUCUGGCUCUAGGAUUAUAUCUGAUGGCAUGUUACAGGCAGCAGCUGAGUGCCUGGCUGAAUAUAUGACAGAGGAGGAAGUACUUAAAGGGAUUAUAUUUCCUCCAAUAUCCAGAAUACGUGAUAUAACGAAGGAGGUAGCUGCAGCUGUGCUCAAGGAGGCUAUAGAAGAGGAUCUGGCAGAAGGAUACCGUGAGAUGGAUGCCCGAGAACUCCAGAAACUUAAUCAGGAGGAAAUUGAAACAUAUGUACAGAACAACAUGUGGAGUCCAGAGUACCCAACGUUAGUGUACAAGAAGGAUUGAGCAGUUCAUAUCCUGGCGUAUCUCCAUUUAUGAGGAACUCAUGUAUGGCUACAUAAUCUAUGGGUCCAGAUGCUUUUCUUGAUCUUUAUGUUGGGGGAACAAUGUAGCAUUGCCUUUGUUUUAGGCUUGUAAGUUAUCCAUCAUUCGUUGUGUAUCCUAAUAGUUUUGUGCCUACAGUUUGUAUUGUGCUUGAGAGGGCGUAAACAGGAUUUUGUAAAUCUUGUUAUAUAUCAAAUCCAUCUCCUUCUGAUGGUUACUACAUCAAAAGGUCUCAGUACAGUUGACUCGAUUUGAAUUACUUGGGAAUUUCUCAUUGGAUUUGACACUGUUUGCUUUGGUCAAUGAAUAAGUUCCUAUAUUGUUUUUAUGGCAAAA